CUCUUUGCUUCUCUUUAUCAAAGUGUUUUGUGCUUCAAUAUGAGUGUAACUUGUCCAUUUUUCGCUAAAAAUUAAAAGAAAAUUAGUUAAAAAAGUAAAAAAUGUCAGAAAAUGACGAAUUUGCAGACGAACGUACGAGACUCAUACCAAAUUUAUCGUCGACGGCGAGAUAUGACAACCAAAAUGAGUCAACAAUGGGUGAAGCAUCUACCUCUGGGAGAAAGCUCCCGCAAUAUAUCGCUGCCCUUGCUGCCACAGGCGGUGCUUUAGCUGCUGGAACGAUUCUCGGAUGGACUGCUCCAGCUGAGGGACAACUCGUGAAAGAUGAUCUCACAGAUUCUCAUUACGAUUUUAGCGUCAGCAAAGAGGAAUUUUCGUGGAUUGGAGCUUUUGUGACACUUGGAGCUGCUUUUAUUUGCAUUCCCGUGGGGUUUCUCGCUGGAUUAUUCGGACGAAAGAUGACAAUGUUGGGUUUAGUGAUCCCGUUUACCGUUGGAUGGGCGCUUAUGUUGUUCGCGACAAAUGUGACGAUGAUGUAUGUGGGUCGUUUCAUGCUUGGCGUCGCCGGAGGAGCGUUUUGUGUGACAGCGCCCAUGUAUACGGGUGAAAUUGCGCAAAAUGAGGUACGAGGAACACUCGGGACUUUCUUCCAGUUGAUGAUUACCAUCGGGAUUUUGUUUGUUUAUGCCGUUGGAGCGGGUGUCAGUGUCUUUUACUUGAACUUAAUCUGUGGAAUUAUCCCGUUGGUGUUUGGUUUGGUAUUUUUCUUCAUGCCAGAGAGCCCGACGUUUUAUGUGUCGAAAGGACGACAUGAUGACGCAUUAAAUGCUCUAAAACGUCUCCGCGGUGAAAAUUACAACUGCAACGCUGAGUUGGAAGAGUUGAAACGUGAAGCGCAAACUGUUGAAAGUAACUCUACCAACUUGGGACAAGCCCUGAUGCGAAUUGAAUCCUUAAGAAGUGCAUUUAUCGCCAUCGGUUUGAUGUUUUUCCAGCAAAUGUCGGGCAUUAACGCUGUAAUUUUCUACCAAACGCGCAUUUUUAAAGCAUCCGGUUCGAGUAUUGAUCCUCAGUUAUCCACAAUUAUCGUUGGAAUCAUCCAAGUUGUCGCAACUUUCAUCUCCUCAAUCAUCGUAGACAAAUUAGGACGUCGUCUCUUGCUGCUUUUAUCGAUCGUUCUCAUGGGAAUCUGUCUCGCGGGUCUUGGAAUCUUCUUUAAUCUCAAAGACAACGAAGAUGCCGUCGUUGAAAGUCUUCAUUGGCUUCCUGUGACCUCCUUGUGCAUCUUUAUAAUCGCCUUUUCCUUGGGUUUUGGUCCUGUGCCGUGGUUAAUGGCUGGCGAACUCUUCGCUCCCGACAUCAAGGGCUUUCUUGGAGCGAUUGCCGGAACAUUCAAUUGGUUACUUGCGUUUGUCAUUACGAAAUUCUUCGCGAAUUUUCAGGAAGCUCUCGGAAAUGGUCCUACUUUUUAUCUUUUUACGGCAUUUUGUGUCCUUGGAUUCUUGUUUGUGAUAUUUUUCGUGCCGGAAACCAAAGGGAAGAGUUUCCAAGCUAUACAAGAUCAAAUUAAAUUUCAGUGCAUCCAAAUUCGGGACUAUCAAGCAGCUGCUAAUUAAAGAUAAAAUUAAUAACGAGACUAAAGAAUCUCAGUAAUUGAAUUUUUUUGGGAUAUUUCACAAAAUUAUGAAUAGUAGAAUUAUUAGAACUCCAAAAAUUACUUUUGGUUGUAAGUAUUUGU